CUGAGCUCUGCGCAGCGGGGCUGCCGGCCGGGCGGGCGGCUGGCGUGCGGUGGGGCGCAUGGCGGGCGCGGGCGACGAGCGGACGCCGCUGCUGGGCGCGCGGCGGGCGGCGUUCGAGGGCCGGCGCGUGGCGUGCGCGGCCGUGCUGCUGACGGAGCUGCUGGAGCGCGCCGCCUUCUACGGCGUCACGGCCAACCUGGUGCUGUUCCUCAACGGCACGGCGUUCGGCUGGGAGGGCGCGCAGGCCAGCCAGGCGCUGCUGCUCUUCAUGGGCCUCACCUACCUGGUGUCGCCGUUCGGGGGCUGGCUCGCCGACGCGCGGCUCGGCCGGGCGCGCGCCAUCCUGCUCAGCCUGGCGCUCUACCUGCUCGGCACGCUGGCCUUCCCGCUGCUGGCCGCGCCCGCCACGCGCACGGCGCUCUGCGGGGCCCCCCGCCCCACGCGCGUCCGCAACUGCUCGGCAACGCCGUGUGCCGACGCGCCCGCCCGCUACUGCGCGCCCGCAGCGCUGUCCGCGCUCGCGCUCGUGGGCCUGGGCGUGGGCGCCGUCAAGGCCAACAUCACGCCCUUCGGCGCCGACCAGGUUAAAGAUCGCGGUCCAGAAGCCACGAGAAGAUUUUUUAAUUGGUUUUAUUGGAGCAUUAACCUGGGAGCGAUCGUUUCUCUGGGGGGCAUUGCCUACAUUCAGCAGAACGUGAGCUUUGUCACCGGCUACAUCAUCCCCGCUGUCUGCAUCGGAGUGGCUUUCGUGGUCUUCCUCUGCGGCCAGACCUUCUUCAUCACCAAGCCGCCUGAUGGCAGCGCCUUCACUGACGUGUUCAGGAUCCUGGUGUAUUCGUGCUGCCCCCAAAAGCGAAUCAGGGAACGCAGUCCUAGUGGUGAAGGCAUUGGAGUCUUUCAGCAAUCUUCUAAACACAGUCUGUUUGAUUCAUGUAAGAUGUCUCAUGGAGGGCCAUUCCCGGAAGAUAAAGUGGAAGAUGUGAAAGCUCUUGUCAAGAUUGUCCCCGUUUUCUUGGCUUUGAUACCUUACUGGACAGUGUAUUUUCAAAUGCAGACAACGUAUGUUUUACAAAGUCUUCAUUUGAAGAUUCCAGAAAUUUCCAGUAUUACAACCAAUCCUCAUACGUUUCCGGCAGCCUGGCUGACCAUGUUCGAUGCUGUGCUCAUCCUCCUGUUAAUCCCCUUGAAAGACAAACUGGUGGAUCCCAUCUUGAGAAGAAAUGGGCUGCUCCCAUCGUCCUUGAAAAGGAUCGCGGUGGGCAUGUUCUUUGUGAUGUGCUCGGCCUUCGCAGCAGGAAUUUUGGAAAGCAAACGGCUGGACCUCGUGAAGGAGAAGACCAUUAACCAGACCAUUGGAAAUGUCGUUUACUAUGCUGCGGAUUUGCCAAUCUGGUGGCAGGUCCCUCAGUACGUGCUGAUUGGCGUCAGUGAAAUAUUUGCGAGCAUCGCAGGCCUGGAAUUCGCGUACUCGGCCGCCCCCAAGUCCAUGCAGAGCGCCAUCAUGGGCCUGUUCUUCUUCUUCUCUGGCGUCGGGUCCUUCGUGGGCUCGGGACUGUUGGCGCUGGUGUCCCUCAAGGCCAUCGGGUGGAUGAGCAGCCACACGGACUUCGGCAACAUCAACGGCUGCUAUUUGAACUAUUACUUUUUUCUUCUGGCUGCUAUUCAAGGAGCUACCCUCCUGCUCUUCCUUAUUGUUUCCGUGAAAUACGACCUGCAGCGGUCUAGAGCAAACGGCACGCCCGCCAGCAGGAGGACCUGAUGCUCCUGCACCCCCGUCAGGUCUGUUGGACGGACAGAUGGAUGGACAGAUCCGUGGGAAGGUGCUCUGGGGGCUCGGAGAGCACACAGCUGACUUCCCUAAAACUUGCAUGGUGCUGGGGUUGGUUCCUUCUUUUCCCCCCGGCGGCCUAGGUAAGUGCCUUCCUGUGGUUGAGCCCUGCUAAAGGCCCCUGGUCACCCUGCAACUGGUUUGCCCUCUGACAGACACCUGCUGCCGCGGCGCAAAGUCUCGGGAGACGACGCCCGUGCUGGUUGGCUUCCCGGUGUGUCAAACAGACCUCGUCCUCUCCUUCCCACAGGACACGCUCUCGCUUUCUUCUCCUCUGAUGAAUAAACAUCUGUUUGUGUUGAGGAAGGGGAGGGUUUGUUAAGAAAUAGAAGUGUGGUCAGGUGCUGCCGAGGGUUUAUAGGAGAGUCCCGUUGAUGGUUUGUCUCCUGAGCCACAGGUCUUGCCCAUGCGGGUCCUCGGCACAGGCGGCCGGUGGCUGUGUUCCGUCUGCCGCUUCACAUAACGCCGAGCGCUUAAACCAUCGCCAUUGCUUUCUUAUUGCUCUCUCCUUAGGAGCAUGAUGUUUCAUUAAAAACUAUUUAAGACCGUGUGUUCCGUCUCGACCUGCAGAGCAGCCUAACGCAUGUUUUAAACCUUGCCUGGUCAGUCCUUGUGUACAGUUUCAUUCUGGUACCGUCGAGACUAAAGACCCACCACGGUGGGUGGAAGGAAACCCCUCUUCUGAACAGCACUGGUGUGAUUGGAGACGGUGGGGAGUGUUCACUGUGAACCGGAGCUGUCCGCAGUCACCGACUCUGGUUGUGUUGUACGCGACAUGGGGGUUCUCAUUUUGUCUAAUAAACUGUUGUCUGUUUGUUGCUGUAUUUUUGGUAUAAUUUUAUUAUAAAAAGCACCUCGAAUAUGAGA